CGUUGCCCUCGGCUCUUUCUUGUCCAUAUUGUGAAUAAAUUGCCUUGUUACAGCUUCUUGGCAAUCGCCAAUAUUUACCUGCCUUUCGUGGAAAACAAAAACCGGGUUGUUAUCGUCUUGUCAGCUUCCUCGCCCUGCCAUCUUGCAUCGCCAUUCAAAUUAACGCCGCGAACCCCUACUAUAACAACACAUCUUGAUCGCACAUUCCAAUCCUCUGGUGACCCCGAGUAUCGUAGCUGCGUCUUGCCCCUCCUGGCUCGCCCUCCCUUGCGAGGCAAACACACAAACGAUAUCCUCUUUUCAGGCCUCCACAGUGGCAUGGCUGCAUACACGAUGCACUAUUAUCAAUUUGCUCAACAUGUGAUGCAUCUCAGCCCCUCGUUACCAGGGUAGACAAUGUCGAGAUCAAUCCCUGGUAGACAGAACCUGGCCUGACUAAGCUGAUCAAAAUAUUCCCCGCCAAUGCUGGUUCAUCAUCCGCUACCAUCGCGAGCAUCCCUUUACACACUCUCCUCCCCGGUGCCGUCUCGCAACCAUUGAGCUCCCAGAUGCCACGUGCUAGAAACACAUCACAUUCCCAACUAACCGUAACCCAAAAUUUGGCUUCCGGUCAUUCCGAGUUCCUCUCUGUGAUACCUGCCCAUAUCAAUAGACAUACAAGGAGGGGGUACACAGCGCGCAUACAUGUUGAAAAGCGGGUCCCCAACCUAUGAACAUCCAUCUGGAAGCCAUCCACUUGGUUGACCCUGAAGCAUUAAAAGAAGCUGUUAUGCUAAGCUUCCAGUUUAAAUACUUUGAUUGCUUGCGCACAAUCAUCAAUUCUCCUCGUCAAGAGUCACAUAAGUUGGGUACUUCUCCGUCCGAUCAAAUCUUCGCUUUGAGUGGAUAAUUGUACUUCACUUCAUUUUCUUGAUAGUUUCUUGAUAUUUCUCUUGAUAUAGGGAAGUAAUGACCGCGCGCAGGCACACACACACAGAGACACGCUAGUUGAUUUGGCGUUACUACUGUAACCCUAUGGAACGAAACGAGGAACAAACAUGCUGGUGGCACAGCAUGGGAGUGAGUGGUCGGCAACGUGCACCCCAGAUUACAAUUCAUGCGAUAUAAUUUCCUUUGAUAUACCCAAAUCAUCCUUUGUACGCGCAAUAUUUUUGUACGCAAAGGGGCAACUUUUUCCCGUCCUUUGAAACCCUUCCCACCAAUCCGACUCAGUGGCUGAGCACAUUGCCUUUGGAUUAAGUAUUUUGUGGAACAAUGAGAUAAUAACACU